AUGGCUCCGCGCAAGGUAGGAUGUUCGAUGAACAGGGCAGCUCACAACAAGGCUGACAUGCGAUUGAACAGAGAACGAAAGACGAUCAACGAACUGCUAUACGCCGACUACCCCUCCCGCGAAGAAGUCGAUUCCGUCAAGAGCCAACAAGAACUUGAUGCCAUGAACGCAAGCGACCACGAUCUCCUCGCCAUCGCCCUCGGCGCACCAGCUCGACAAGUACUCCAACGCGCUCAAGAAAUCGGUCCCCAGACAGGAUGGCGCGAUGGAUAUCUCAGCGUCGAGCAUGGGUUCUGCCCACCAGAUUACGAAGAGCCCAUCGCUGCGCUUGCAAGAUCACCGGGUCGUAUUUGGUCUGAUCUCUGCGAGCGCAUGCCGGGAUGCUGUGCACGAGGAAGAGUUCGAGAAGCAGUCGCUGCACUGCCGCUCGUUGAAGGGACGGAGGAGAAUAUUCCUGAUCAAGCUCUUUGGGGCGCUGUAGUGGCGCUCGGAAUGCUUUGUUCUAUUUACCGAUUUGAGGAUAAGCAUGAUGGAAAGCAUGGACUUGCUAUCACGGACGGAUCGACAACGAAGCCGCAAUGUCCGAUGGGUGAUGAUCUUUGCGAAGAGCUUGAGGGUAUCCCACUGUGCAUUGCUCUGCCGUACUAUCAGGUCUCGCGAAGAAUGGGAAGAACCCUACCCCACCUAUCAUUUCCCGACCAAGCUUCCUACAACCUCAAGAUCAGAGACGUCAAGUCAAACACCCCAUAUCUUGCACGCUUCGACAAUACUGAUCUUCGAUGGCCCAUGUUCGGCGAGAGGGCUGAGGUCGCAUUUCUGAAAGGAUGUGCUGAUACUUCUGCCUCAUUCCAACAUGGCCCUGAUGCCAUCGCCGCCUGUCAAGAGCACGUCAUGACCGGCAACAUCGAAGGUCUCCUCCACGAGAUGAUUCGCCUAAAGGAGAUCCUCGAACGAAUGCCCAACGCUUUUCACAGCAUUUCGCCCAACCCCAACGCAGGCGACAACUACGUAUCGGCCGACAAAUGGGUUCGAUGGGGUCUCUUCUCAUCGCCGUUAUCCAAGCGAGUCCCAGCCGCUUCAGGCUUGCAGUUCCCCCCGUACCUGGUGAUGGAUGCCUUCUUGGGUCGCAAGACACACGCAUCCUUCCUCGGCGUCGAAGCCCUCCAUCUUCGAGCAUGGCUCCCCUCCAACCACCGCGCCUUCAUCGCCGCGAUCCAAUACCACUACUCCAUCCCCGAAUUCGUCCAACGAUCCGGCGACCCACGUCUAAUGGGUGUUCUCGAGGGCAUCGUAGAAGCCUACGCCGGAGAACGCGGCUUCAUGGGCGUGCACCGGUACAAAGUCUUCGGUAUCCUCGAAGUAGCAGCCAAGACAGGACGAACAGCCACAAACGGUCUUUCCGGCGCUGCUGAUGCGACAAGGCCUUGGGAGGAGACACAUCGUCAGUUCUCGGAUGCUAUGAAGGAGCGGCUUGAGCCUUUUCGGGGCAAGCUUGCUACGGAGCCGCAUGCGAUGAGGGGGACUUUUGAGGAGUGUCGGUAUCUGGCAAAGAUUGCGAGUUGCUCUUCGAUUGAUCAGGAUGCGAGUCGGUCAACUGCCAUGGUUACACUGGAUAUUCGGGACACGGGCAUUACUUUUGCACCUGGAGAUCGUGUAGCUGUAAUGCCUCUCAACAGUUGGGAGGAGUGCGCGAAGAUGGUUGCUGCUCUUGGCUUGGAUCAACAUGUGAGGGAAGCAGUUGACACUACAGGAACUUGGUCGCGCUUCGAACAUCACCUCUCUACAGUCACGAGAACCGCGCACAGACAACUUACAGUCAUCGACAUCCUCCGUCGAGGCCACCUCGCACCAAUCACCAAGGAGCUCACCGUCAAAAUCCACGAGCUCCUCCACGCUUCAUCCAACACGGUCCUCCAAGUACUGGCAACCGAAGAAUGGCCGGUCCGAGGAUCUUUAGGCGACCUUCUGCAAAAGGCCGUUCUCGAUACCCCAAGCCACAUUUGGAACCGUGCUUUCAACCUCGAAGACCUGAGCUGGUUGUCGGAGCUCGUUCAGCUUGAAGUCCCGCGAACAUACUCGAUUUCGAGUCACAGCAAUGAGCUACUCCCCAGCACCGUCGACCUGACCAUCUCCCGCGCCGAAUACGAGCUCUCCUCCAUCUUCUCCCAAGGACAGACAGUCACAAGAGCCGGUGUCGCAAGUGGCUUCUUCAACCCUCGUCCAUUGUCCCCCGAGAACAGCCUCUUGUACGAAGUCCUCAUUGGCGUUUCCCGACCAGUGGCUUUCCAACUUCCCAUCGACAAAAUGGUUCCCUGCGCUUUCUUCGCCGGAGGAAGUGGUAUCGCUCCCUUCCGCAGCUUCUGGCAGCAUCGGCUAGCGACAUCGGGUCUCUCUGGUGGACGCAAUCUGCUCUACCUGGGAGUCCAGUCUCGUGAGAAGUUCUGCUAUGAGGCUGAGCUGCGAGAACUCGUCAACAUGGGGUUCAUGGAGGUGCAUCUUGCGUUCUCUAGAGAUCGUCAUGGUUUGGCAUAUGACAGUGUCGCCAGGGAUCUUGUGGAGAAGCCGACUCCUCCUCGAUACAUCGACAGCCUCAUCAUCGAGCAGGGUAACACGAUUUGCGACAUGGUCAUGUCAAAGAAGCAGGGUGGCCUUGGUGGUCACUUGUACGUCUGCGGCUCGGUGUCUGUGUUUGACUCUGUCAUGAGCGGUAUCCGAAAGGCCAUGUACAACUACCGCACAGCAACCAUGGAGACCGUUGACUUGAUCAUCAACAAGGCUUUUGCCGAGCGUCGCUUCAUGCUAGAUGUCUUCAUGUCUCCCAAGGCCCUCCCCUGCAACCUCCCCACCAUCUCUCUCUCCAGCCUCGCUCUGCAUACCGGCCAUCGCCAAGAAUCUCGAAUGUGGAUCGCCGUUCACGGCAGUGUUUACGACGUCACCGACUUCUGUCCCAUGCAUCCUGGCGGAACCCUCAUCAUCAAGUCCAACGCAGGCGUCGACUGCACCAAGUCCUUUGACAACCUUGCACAUACCAACAACCCCGAGGUGUCGAGUCUUCUGACGAGGUACUUCAUUGGUCACUUGGCUCCCAAGCCCGACUAUCGCGAUAACGACGUUUCAACGCUUCAUGACCUUUGGGCUUCGUACUUGAGGGUCACCGUUGAAACGCUUGUAGCCCAUCAGUUUGAGAUGAACGAUAUCAUGGGCGAGUCAAUUGACUCUCCCUCUGCGUAUGAUCCCAACGGCAUCAGCAACAUCUGGCUUCGCGAAGGCCUCCCAAACACGAUCGCCAUUCGGACUUUCUACGAUUACCAGAAUCGUUUGCUGCAAGGUGGUUUCGCAGCACUUUUCGGCUCCAAGUUGGAGGAACUGGUCCUGCGCCUGUCAUUCAACUUCGCCAACUCCGGCGGACCUGGCGCAGCCUCCAAGCUACCAGACAUUUUAGGUACCAUCGCUCGGGCCAAGUCUGGUAGUGACGCAGUUCGCAGCGCGAAAGAGAUUAGUGCACUUGGAGAAUUUGUCUGUGACCCAUCUUCCGAGCUGCGCUUCCAAGAGCGGGGAGUCCUUGACUUUACCGCCAAAUGCGUGCAGCUCGACAUUGAGCUCUUGGAAGAUCUCCGACAAGAGGCGUGCAACGGCAUGGACGCAUUUGAGAGCAUCGCAACUGUCCUCGAUUCUUUCGAUGGAUCCAAUUCCGACUCUACACCUGUAGCUGCUUUGUCGUCGUUCCUCUUGCAGACACUCGAGAGGAUGACACAUCGAUUGGCCAUGUUCUACACCCAGUUGGCACGCCUCUCGGUGUAUCAGCCUGAGCUUGAGCAUAACCCAGCGCGAACACGAUGGGCUUUCAUCAGGCGAUGCAUUCGUGACGGAACCUUCUUUGUCAUGACCCGAUCCCGGGGCAGUGAGAUCCCGAUGAACGGUCAACCUGAGUCGUACUACAUCAACGCGAAGUCGUUGGAGAAGACGACCUUUGACAAUAUCCUCUCACAGAUCAAGCAUGUGAUUACCUCCUCGACUGUGGAACCACCAACGACAACCGUCCAGCCAGCCACCGUGAAUGAUGUUCACCACAAGAGAGUCAGCACCAUCACCAAGGACGGUACGGUCGCUUCAUCUGCAUUGAGAGUGAACGUUGGGGCGGUUGAAAGCAUGGGAAGCUUCAUGAAGAAGAACGAAAAAGCUUUUCGCCGGUUGAGUAGUAUGCCAAGCCAACUGCAGCUGGAGGACCUUCAAAACGCAAUCCCGAUGAAUGACAAGCCGGCCCGUCAGAAAGUCGAGGCUGCGACCGCUUUGGACACGAGCAUCAGUCGCUUUAAACCACUAGAACUGAAGACAGCGCUCGAGCUAGAUCCGAAUGCGUUGGUGGCCUGCAAGGACCAGAUGCUCACUGCGCGCAUGAGAAUCAUGGCUGGUUACGAGAUGAUGCCUUGCUCAGCUUCUCGAUUGAGCGAGCCGGCCAAAUGCACCUCGAUCAGCUCCAUCUCUUUCGAAGAAGCCGACGAAUUAGUCGUCGCCAACCCUCAACCACUCAUGGAACGCUUAAAGUCCAUCCCAGACGAUGAGAGCGUCCCAUCUUCAGCAUCGUGCACAACUGCCCAAUCACGCCGCAGCUCUUUCAGUGGUAGCUCAGUCACAGGCUCUAUCGCGGAAUCCUUCGUCCCAACGCCGCGACCUCGACCAUAUGAGACCAGCAUGGCCCUGAAGCUCAAGCUUGAGGGUUUGAACAGACGGUCGCGUGGGGAGUCUAUUUCGUCCCGACAGAGCUUCAUUUCGGCUUCGAGCGCGAUGGAUCUGAGAAGGAAUAGGUCUCCUACCAAGUCACCUUCGGGACCGCAGUCCCCUGCAGCGAUGGGCCAGGUCGCUGAAGAACAGGCGGCAAUUGAAGUUGACGAUGAUUCCGAUUCUUCCUACUCCAAAUCUACCGGGAUUACGGAUACCGAGUCCCUUCGAUCGUCGAUUAUGGCGUUCAAAUGGGAGAAUGGACGUCGAUACCACGCUUACCAAGAUGGGUCCUAUUGGGCUCCAAAUGAUGAUCGCCAACAAGAAGCUGAAGACCUCAUGCACGAGGUAUACAGAAUCAUCCUUGGCAAUUCACUGUACGAGGCACCGAUCGGCGACAACCCUCAGAAAGUCCUUGACAUAGGAUGUGGAACUGGCAUCUGGGCAAUCGAAUUUGCUGAUGAACAUCCUUCUGCUGAUGUUCUUGGCGUCGAUCUCUCUCCCAUCCAGCCAAACUUUGUUCCCCCCAACUGUAGAUUCGAGGUUGACGAUAUCACAAAUGAAUGGACAUAUCCCGACGACACCUUCGACUUCAUUCACUCCCGCUCUAUGAUAGGCUGUCUUCCCGACUGGACGGACUUUUACCGCAAAGCAUUCAAGCACACGAAGCCUGGUGGCUGGGUAGAAAGCGUUGAGCUCUGGGGCAACUCAAAGUGUGAUGACGAUACCCUGAAGCCUGAGUCGCCGCUCCACAAGUGGGUAGAGGUCUUCAAGAAGAUUGAAUCUCUGACAGGCAAAUCCUUCUUCUGGGAUGACAAGAUGCAGGAGUCUAUUUCUGAUGCUGGAUUUAUCAAUGUUUCGGGUCGAAGGAUCAAGGUUCCUAUUGGAACUUGGCCGAAGGACAAGACUCUCAAGCAGUGGGGUGCUUGGAACCGUCAUUUCCUUCUUCAAGGUCUCGAGGGUUUCUCAAUUCGUGGCUUAACCGAGAUGCUGGGCUGGAAAUACGAGGAUGCUCAGCUGUUCUUGGCAGAUAUGCGCAAAGAGUUGACGAACCCAGCUCUACAUGCGUAUCUUGAUGUAGUAAUCGCGUGGAUGGAAAAUCUACCCCAGAUCUGUCCCCGCAAACUGUUGCAAGACAUUGAUGCGCCAGCAUCAGCAGCCGGCAAACACAAGCGCAACAACCCAGUACAAGCACAGGAGCGAAACCGGCCACCAUCAUCACCAACACUGAGUAUAGACACCGACGGCUCCGAAGCACUCAGUAGGAAGAUGCAGCAGCUGAUCGCACGUGCAGAUCUGGAGCAAACCACUUGGCCUCAAUACGAAACCUCAAAUAAGCAUCCCAACGCACCGCUAUCGCGCUCCAGCACCAACGCUUCUAGUCGGGCUCGCUCUCCAUCGCCGUUAAAAAGGCAAUUUAUCGAACUCCGCCUUGAUGAGAAAGGUCUGGAGACCAAAGCGCUCACCGCUAAUGCUCUCGAAGCACUUCCGAAUCCAGAGGCGGCUUCUCUUUUGCGCACCAUGCGACGGAUCGGUAAUUGCAAAGAGAUUCUUCCUCAAGAUAUGCGAGAACAAAUUCUACUAGGUCACGGGAUCAAACAAGGUGACCUAGACGACUGGGACUUUGCCUUCAAAGAGUCGGAUGCUUUUGUCCACCUUCCCGGUCGUAUCCCAUCGGCUGGAGAGAUCGAGUUGGUCUACAGCUGGACUACAAAUUGCAUUAAUUCUGAUCAUGAGGAGGCUGGCUGGAGCGAUGAGGUCCACUCUCGUUUGCUACAAGCAAUAUUCAGGGACGCAGGAGAGGAAAUAGGAGGACUCUUCAACAUAACUCCCAGGCAAGCAGCUCAUACAUUCGCCCGUCUGCCGGUUUUGACUGGAUCCUUUACUCAUUCGCUUCUACAGCUAUGCGCCUCGUCCACACAAGCACCGGCCGCCAAGGCCAACCGGCUCGAAGAUGGCCGACUUUCGCGUCUACGCUGA